AUGGCAGGUUUUAUUUCUCCACAGCAAUAUGCCGAAGUUGCCAGAGAUGUUUUUGGCAGACCAAAUCGUAAUAUGCAGAAGACAAAGGAAUUAGACAGGGAGAUCCACGAAUCGUUGAUUGGGUGCAGCUAUGUAGUGUGUUCUGAGCUUUGGAACAUGAUCCAGCCACACGCUAACCACAAGCUUCAUGGUUCUCAUCCAAUACACCUUCUCUGGGCACUUCUCUUUCUCAAAUGCUACUGUACCUUACCAAUUCUUUCCCGUAUAGUUGGCACCUCAGACAGAGAAUUCAGCAAUCGGAGCUGGCCCUUCGUUGAAGCAAUUCAUGAUUUGGUAAAUCGUGUUAUAAAUUUCAACAAUAGAUGGAAGAAUUGGAACCAGCGCUCGCAAGCAUUGGCCUCACUUGACGAUGUGGACUGUCCAUGUAUGGAAUUCUAUCCUUUCAACAGAGGAAUGUAUUCGCACAAAUUUAACGGUCCAGCAUGGCGUUAUGAAAUUGGGUAUUCCAUUUUUGGGAAAGACAUUGUUUGGGUUAACGGUCCUUUCAAGGCUGGAGAGAGCGAAAUAACACUUUUCAGGGAAGCCGGGCUUCGCAACAGCCUAGAACCUUCGGAGUGCGUGGAAUGUGACUCUGGAUACAAAGGAGAUUUCAAACUCAAGAAUCCAGCGACAGGAGCCAACCGAAGCGAACGAGAGCAAAAGAGUGCUAUACGAGCAAGGCACGAAAUCGUUAAUGGCCGUUUGAAGCAGUUUGCGGUUCUAGACCAGGUCUUUCGUCAUUUGUCCAGAGAGCAGCAUGGAUUCUGCUUCAAGGCUGUUGUCGUCAUCACACAGCUAAAAUUUGAAUUUCAUGGGCGACUCUACGAUGUAGACUACGAUGUUGUUUACCACAAUCAUUAA